UGUGAGGGCAGUGACAGUCAUUGAGGAUACAAACGCCAUUUAUGCAGCUGAGUGUUUUAUUUCAACAAGAACGAUAUUGCUCAGAGGCAGUAUGGCUGUUGCACAUUCAAUUAGUGAACAAGAAUUGGUUGAGAUGAGAACCACUGUUCAGUCGAAGGUAGUGCUGGAUGUAGUAAGGCAGAUGCAGUCCCUUCUGGAUUCACUGGAGAAGGCAGAGCUUAACAUCGCUGUCACAGGAGAGUCUGGUGCUGGAAAGUCCACUUUUAUUAAUGCUCUUCGUGGACUCGGGGAUGAAGACAAAGGUGCUGCCCCAACUGGGGUUACAGAAACAACUAUGGUGCCCACAGCCUAUCCUCACCCAAAACUCCCCAGUGUGCAACUUUGGGAUUUACCAGGUACUGGAACACCUAGUUUCCAGCCAGAUAAAUACCUAGAGCAGGUCAAUUUUAACCAGUAUGACUUUUUUAUUAUCAUUGCCUCUGAACGCUUCAGAGAAAACCAUGCUAGGCUUGCUACAAGCAUCAGGGCAAUGAGUAAAAAGCUCUAUUUUGUGCGCUCCAAAGUGGACCUUGAUGUGAAUGCUUGCCUAAGACGUCGCAGAGCUAUGUUUAAUGAGGAAAGCAUCCUUAGAGAAAUAAGAACAGACUGUAUUAGGAACCUGAAUGAAUAUGGGGUGGAAUCUGCACAAGUUUUUCUAUUGUCCUGCUUUGACCUUUCAAAAUAUGACUUCCAGGACUUACAGGAGACACUGGAGCAAGAGCUUGAAGGGCACAAGAGGCAUGUCUUCCUUCUUUCACUCCCUAACACAUCUUCCACAGCUGUACAGAAGAAAAAAGCCUCCUUAAGAAAACACAUUUGGAAGAAAGCCUUGUCCAUAUGCCUUGCUUCUGUUCUGCCAGGAUGCUGUAUGUUAAACUGUAUCCCGUUACUCACAAAAACCUUAAUUUCAUACCAGCAACAUUUUGGCCUUGAUGAUCAGUCCAUCUCAAUGAUCGCUAAUCAAACAAAAAAGUCACCUGACCUCCUCAAAGGCGCAAUUGCCUCUACUUUAGCCAAAGACCUGUCACAAGACAUUGUGAUGUCUUUGCUGAAGGAGGCAGCACUUAGCAGCCAGCUAGUGUCAGAACUGAUGGACAGAUGGGUUCCAGUGGUGGGAGUCCUUGUUACGGGAGGGAUAUCUUUUGCUGCAGCAUAUAUUUUACUUCACACUUCAUUGGAAAAGUUUGCAAAAGAUUCAGAAAGGGUGCUAAAGUUGGCAUUUGAAGAUGAAGCAUUAUCUUAUCCUUUCCUUAGUUAUCAUGAGGAAAAUUUGUUCUUUUAUGACUGACGCAUCCUAAUGUUAGUAUUGUGACUGGGAAGUGCAAUGAUAAGGAACAAAACAGAAAAUAAACAGAGUGGGUAAUGUUAAACUACUGAAUUAAACAAAUUCGGCAGUUUGAAAGUGUUAUAAAAUGUUUUCAAGUAAGACUGAUUUUUAACAUAGAAGCACAAUUUCAGGCUGAGUUCACUGAGACAGAGCAAAAUUGUAAGUGAGCUUAUUUGCCAUUGAAGGUUGGCUGGAAGUUGGGCACCUGCAGCAAUGACUGUCCCAAAAGGCACUGCCCUUCUCUGCCAAGGGAAGGGGAUUACUGCGGUAUCAUAUGAGACUGUGACCAUGUACUGGAAUACUAGAACAUUUUCAGUGUUUGCAUAAUACCAUAACUGUCUUGCAGACUAUUAUCUUCAGUAGGUGCAUGCAGUGGGAAGAAGAUCCUCAAUAUGUUGAUAGGGCCAGUGUGGAAGGCUACAUUUUAUGACAGCUAAAUUGCAUGGGAGAGCUGUGUUGCAUAGGAGCACAUUUCCAGGAUAUAUCCUCCUGUGUGAACGAUUGUGCAUUGACAAUAUGUGAGAAACCAUGGUGAUAGAAAAAUGACUGUUAUGAAGAAUGCUGUAGUGCAUUUAUAUGAGUUGCAUAUUUCCCUUACCCAUGUGUCAUUACUUUGCUGGAUGUUCUGCAAUUCUUUGCCUAGUGGCAAACUCCUCCUGUUUCAUCACAGAUAAUUGACACAGCAGCUGGCAAGGGGCUUUACCUAAGUAAGAGUGUUUUCAUAUUCUCUAGAGUCAAAGUACAGUUGGUUUUACAGUAUGAACAGAGCUAUUGCUUCAGUUGCCAUGCAACUGACUUGUUGCAUAAUUAACAUGACAAGUGAUAUUUUUCCUCAUUAGAGGAAGUUCAACACGCUUUUGCAGUAUCUCUGUGUAUUGCAAUGAAAAUAAACUGGAAACAGAACUCAAGAACAUUAAUCUGAGGGAGAAAGCUGUAAAAUCUUUAAGUUUAAACUACAGGAGCAGAUGCCAGUUUAAGGCAGGCUGAACGUUAUAUACCGUUUGUAUGCUAAUAUAAAUUACUUUGCACUUGGCAAAAAAUAAAAGUGUUUGUUUAGACAUA